AUGGCCUGGAAAGUUGCUUUCUGCGUGGUGUUGCUGGCCGUGGUGGCCCACCUCCUCGUCGAUCCCUUCGACAUCUCGUCAUUGACCAAACACAAGGAGGACUUUCUUCAUCGAUCGCCCUUCGCCGAUCUGCAGACAGGCAACAGCUCCUCCCUUUCUCAAGUGCUCUUCGACGCUUCCACCUCUGUCGCUGGAUUUAAGCGACUAGUGGCCUUCCUCGAAAGCACCACCAAUGCCCGCGCUCUCAUGGGCACCUGGGUGGCGUGGGUUGCUGUCGCCUUCCUCGCAUCGGCGCCCUGGACCCUGAGCUGGGCCUACGAUUACUUCUGCUGCCCGCUCGAGUUGACCGUCAGCCUUGAGGACGUCGAGCGCCGCGCCGACGGCAAGAAGUACCCGCCGUGGGAGCGCCCGCGCCGCCUCCGCGGUGCCGUCCCCCCGCCCUACCCCAACGCCUGGUACAAGGUCUGCAACUCGCACGACAUCCCCAAGGGCGAGUCGCGCGACUUUGAGCUCCUCGGCCACUUCUUCGCCGUCUACCGCGGGGAGGACGGUAAGGUGCGGAUUCUGGACGCCUACUGCCCGCACAUGGGCGCCAACCUGGGCGUGACGGGCCGCGUGGUGGGCAACGAGAUCGCGUGCCCCUUCCACGGCUGGCAGUUUGACGGCGAGGGCAAGUGCACGCACAUCCCCUACGCCGAGAAGGUGCCCGGCUUCAUGAAGACCACCGCGUGGCCCUCGACCGAGAUGAACGGCUCCGUGAUGCUCUGGCACGACGCCGAGGGCCGCCCGCCGCUGUGGAUGCCCUCCGACAUCAAGGAGAUCAACUCGGGCCGCUACAAGUGGCACGGCGCCGCGCUCCACCAGGUGCGGGCGCACAUCCAGGAGAUCCCCGAGAACGGCCCCGACACGGCCCACCUCAACUACCUCCACGUGCCCCUCGUGUUCCGCCUCCUCAACAAGAUCGGCUUCCACCACGCCUGGGAGGCCACCUGGGAAGCCGGCAAGGGCGUCGACGAGCACCUGGCGUUCAUGCGGGUGAUUCAGUCAGUCGAGUUCCGCGGGCGGUACAUCCCCGGCACGCGCAUCGACGUCGACAUCGUCCAGGUCGGCCCCAGCAUGGUCCACCUCCACUUCGCCACCCCGUUCGGCAAGGUGAUGCUCAUCGAGACCGUCACCCCCGUUCAACCCCUCCUCCAACGCAUCACCCACCAAGUCUUUGCUGAGUGGACCGUGCCUCGUUUCUUCGCCAAGUUCAUCAUGGGCAACACCAUCGUGCAGUUCGAGCGCGACGUGCCCAUCUGGAACAACAAGACCUACCUCAACAACCCCGGCCUCGUCAAGGAGGACGGUCCCAUCGCCAAGUACCGCCGGUGGUUCGCCAAGAACUUCUACUCGGAGAACUCGGAGAAGGUGGCGCGGGACAGGGCCGCCGCCACUGGUUCGAUCGACUGGUGA